CCCCUCCAGGAAGCCACGCCUCCUCACUGAGGCCACGCACCCGCGAUGGCGCUGGCAGCGUUGGAGAGGGACCCUGCGGGCGGGGGUCUCUUCGCCUCCCCCGUCCCCCCUUCUUGCCGCAGCUGCCCCUGCGUGCUGGGGGUGGACGAGGCGGGGAGGGGUCCGGUGCUGGACUGUGCCCCUUCAGACUCGAAGACGCUUUCGGAGUCGGAGCGUGAGCGGCGCUUUGGGCUGCUGGAGGCGGCGGGGGGGCUGCUUGGGUGGGCGCUGCAGGUGUUGCCCCCCCAGCACAUCUCAGCCUGCAUGCAGCAGCGGUCAAAGUACAACCUGAAUGAGCUGUCCCAUGACACCGCCACAGAACUCAUCCAGCACGUGCUGGAUAAUGGGGUACAGGUGGCCGAGGUGUUUCUGGACACAGUGGGGCCAGCAGAGAAAUAUGAAGCAAAGCUGCGGGGUCGAUUCCCGGGGCUGGAGAUCACUGUGCGCCCCAAAGCUGAUGCUCUCUUCCCCAUCGUCAGCGCUGCCAGCAUCUGUGCCAAGGUUGCCCGUGACCGUGCAGUGAAGUGUUGGAACUUCACAGAGGAUUUGGGGGAUGACAUCGACCGUGAUUACGGCUCAGGGUACCCCAAUGACCCCAAAACAAAGGAGUGGCUGAGGAGGAACCUGCAGCCCGUGUUUGGGUUCCCAGGGUUGGUGCGGUUCAGCUGGGGCACAGCACAGGAACUGCUGCGGCACGGGGGGGUCCCUGUCACCUGGUAUGGGGGAAAGGGGGAGCUGGGGGGGUCCUAUUACCUGGUACGGGUUGGGGUUGGGUCCUGUCACUUGGUAUGGGGGGGGUCUGUGGGAGUCUUGGGUCCUGUGGAAUACAGGAUGGGA